UUUGAGAGAAAAACCGUUUUUUUUAAACUCUUUAAUUCCUAAACUAUAACGCUAAUGUAUGAAGAAUAUCUGAAGAAUUACGAAAUAAACAAGUUACAAAUAUUUAUAAAUUUUAAAGUGCUGAAUAAGCUAAAGAUAAAAUAAUAUUUACUACGCUAAUUCUGUACAUAUAACUCUGUUUAAAUCCAUAACACUACUUUUUUACCAUUUAACUAACUUUGUACCUCCAAUGUGUUUCGAAACUUAAAUAACAUUGAAAUUUUAGCAUUUUGGAAGCGAUUUUCUUUCACUUUAGAAAAUUUUCCUUGCGUAAUUCAAUCAGUCCAAAAUUUCAUAUGGCAAAAUGUAAUAACUUGCAGUACUCACUUCAAGUUCUAUGAAUUACCAGUUCCUAGAAAAGAAUUGGAAAUUUUUAAUCGUUUCGAUUACAUGAACACUGAUAUUGGUGUCGUAAUGGAAUUGGCUUAUGAAUUGCCCGAUAUUUAUCCUCCAAAACCAGUAUAUGAUUCUUACGUAUUGGGUUCCUGUUCAACAUUUGACGAGAGAGUCGAUAUCUCAAGUGAUGUCAUCAAUUUGACGAUUGGUCAAGCAGAAGACAAGUAUGGACUUGGAUUGGUUAUCGUAGCUGAACAAAAUUUAAGAACGUACGCUAUAUGUGGUGAUCUAAUUGACCCUCUAAUAGCAUUUCUCAAUACGGAAUACUGCAUGCUGGAACGAGUGGGACGUUCCAGAAAAUUAGGAGAACUAACGCAAGGUCGAAUGUCGAUAGGAUCAGCUUUCAAUAUGGAUCCAAAAUCGGUCUACCAUUACAAAAAGGCAUUAUACAACAGCGAACUAAUAUCCAAACAAUUUUUCUACAUAAAAUCACCGCUUUACGAUCAAAACAAAACUUGCAGCUUGUUGCAACUGAGACGAUUUUAUACUAAUAUAAGAAGUCAUCAAAGCUACAUGGCCAGUGAAAUUAUAAAUAUUCUAAAAAGACAACCAGGAUAUAGAAUAGAAAGCAAACAUUUACGAGAAAUUUACUCGGACAGGUUUUCGAGUAUUGGAAAAUUACUAAAGAAUGCAGAGUUUAGAAAGUUGGUUAAAUUAAAGAUAUAUCCUUAUAAAACGGUUUAUCCAAAUGCUACAAGCGCUGAAUGCACCAAUAAAAAUAGAUCCGAAAAAAAUGUGAGCUGUUACGAACUGCUUAAUCCAUACGUAAACGUCGCAGCUUAUUGGCGAGAUGAUCGAGAUGAAUCUGAUGAAGAAGAUGAUGAAAAAGAAGAGGAACCACUUUCCGGGGAAAUGAUUUACAAUAUGGAUACUAUAAGAAAUGUUUACUAUCAAAUAUUAUUGAGUGGCGACAAAGGUUGUACAGCCGCAGAUAUUAGACAUUUAACUGGAUUCGAUGUGAACACUGUAAGAACUGGUUUACGUAAAUUAAACCAAAAAGGUGUUGUUAAUUUAAGGAAAAUUGACAUUGGAAAGACACGAAAAUAUAG